AUGGCGUCAUUUGUGUGGGAUUGUUUGCUGUUUUUGCUCCCGUCCCUGCUGCUCGUCCUGCUGUCCGUGGCCCUCCACCGCCCCACAGUUCGCUGCUGGACCAGGUCGGCUGUCCAAGCUGCGGCCUGGAGAUUCUGGGUCACCGUCUGUCUGAUCCUGGAGCUGCCGCUGCAUAAGAACACAAGAAGAGAGGGGGCCAAACCAAUCGGGUGGGACAUCUCAUCGGGGUCAGCUCAGGCCUCAGAUGGACCCCGGCUCAUCUGCAAACACACCGCGUUGGCCAGAUACCUGCUCCGACACUGCGGCCCUCUGGCCAGGUCCAGACUGGCCAGCUGGCCCAGAGGAGACCCCCACCUCCAGACUAUGUCCAGCCUGCUGUGGGGACAACAGGGGGACACGCUGCAGUUCACCAGAGACCACCUUCUGCUGAGGGACGGGGGCAUCGUUGCUCUGGACUGGGCUGUGGGGACGAGGCUGGGUGAGGCCAGGAGGAGGUGGGAGGGUCGGAAGGAGCAGCAGUCUGGGGGGAAGUCGCUGGGCUGCUUCACCCCGACGCCUCCCGUCCUCCUCCUCAUCCCUCAGGCCUGGGGAGGGCUGACCCCCCACAUGAAGGCGCUGUGUCACCAGGCCAUGCAGCAGGGCUUCUAUGUGGUGGUGUUUCACCCACGGGGCACCUCGAGCUGCCCGCUGACCACAGCUCGACUCACCGAGUUCGGAGACCCAGCUGAUCUCGAACAGGCUAUAUCUUACGUGCACAGCCGCCACCCGUCCUCUCUGCUGGUCGCGGUGAGUGAAGGUUCAGGUUCGGGGAUCCUGCUCUCCUACCUGGGCGAGUGUGGAUCCAGCACUCACCUGACAGCAGCAGCAGCCAUCUCACCUGUGCUUCAGGGACAGCUGUGGUUUGAAACAGUCAUGCCUCCGGUUUAUCGGUGGGGGGCACUAUUUCACCGGAAACUGCAGCUCAGCAGAUAUACGAGUUCCUUCAGAGGAGUCCUGGAUGUGGACCGGGCCCUCAGCUGUUCCUCCCUGAAAGACUUUGAAGAAACUCUUUUCUGCCCUUCAGUGCAGCUUCAACCAAAAUCAAACUCUGGACUGAGCUCAGGAUCUGACUCCCCCCAGGGCCUGGCACCCUCCGUGGUCUGGGCACUGGGAGAGAGAGCUUACCCAGCCAAGGACUGGGAGAGCUACUGGGAGAGGAACGAACCGCUGAGGGAUGCAGAUGAGGUGGCGGUCCCAGUGCUGUGCAUCUGCAGCAGCGACGACCCUCUGCUCCCACCUACCUCCACGCUGCCCCUUCCCCUCUUCCUGAGCAACCCUUACUUCCUUCUGGUGCUGACGGACAGAGGAGGGCACUGUGGGUUCACUCUGGAGCAGACGGAGGAGGAGAAGAGGACUGGAGGUGAGCAGGUGGAGGAAGGUGUGUGGAGUCACAUCACAGUUCUGGAGUACUUCAGAGUGGUGGCUGAUUUCCUGAAAGGGGAGCAGAGGGAUGGGGGCAGCUGGAGCGUUCCACUGGACGAAAACAGCACAACAGGGCAGAGGAGCUGGAUCAGAAAUGUGGCUCCUCCACGCAGGAGGAGAGCCGCCAUGACAAGGAGGCCAAGACCACAGAAUGCUGAACAGAUGUACGAGGAGGCCGAUGAGGGGGAGUUCACCUGGAAGAGGUCGUAUACGCGCUGA